GUGGUGUUGCCUGGUUCAAGCCUUUCCAGGUGGCUCACUUGCACGGGUGUUUUCAGAAGACUUCCCUCUACCUGAAAGACUGCCCCUUAGCAGACAGACAGCUGGACCUCACCAUGGAAGAGACCAUACACGAUCUUCCCACAUCAACUGUUUUGCUGGAUGAUUGUAAUUCUUCUCAGGUCAUCUUUAACAAUGUGGAAAAGUUCUAUGUCCCUGGAAGGGAUAUCACAUGCUGUUACACCAUUACUGAACACUUUCUUCCACAUCGAAAAGAUUGGAUUGGCAUUUUUAGAGUGGGAUGGAAGACAACACGCGAGUAUUACACCUUCAUGUGGGUUACUUUGCCUGUUGACCUAAACAGUGAAACAGCGAAACAGCAGGAAGUCGAGUUCAAAGCGUAUUACCUGCCCAAGGAUGAUGAGUAUUACCAGUUCUGCUAUGUGGAUCAGGAUGAUAUGGUCCGAGGAGCAAGUAUCCCUUUCCAAUUCCGAAGAGAAAUUGAGGAGGACAUCCUGGUUGUUACUACUCAGGGAGAAGUGGAAAAGAUUGAACAACAAAACAAGGAGCUUCGCAGAGAAAAUGAGGAACUGCAGGAUAACUUUGUCAACCUUUGUAAUGAGAACGCAGACAUACAGGCUGAGCUCAAAAAGAAGCAGGAAGAAAUAGAAACCCUAGAGAAGAUCAAUCAGAAGUUGGAACAGAAAUUGACAAGUCAGAAUCACUCUUGGGAGAGAGAGGUGCUUCAACUGAAAAAGGAAGCCCAGAAGCUGUCCUCAGAAAAUGAAGAUAUGGGAAACACAGUGGAUCAGCUUCAGAUCCAACUGCAAAAAAAAGAGCAAGAAAUGGAGAAGCAACAGAAGAGUCUGGAGAAGAUGAAGCAAGAAGCAACUGCUGCAUCGAGGCACUUCUCCCAGCUAUCAAGAAGACUGGAAGAGGAAAAGGAUAUGACCAACGAUCUGAGGAGAGAGAAAAUGAAUCUGCUACGGGAACAAGAUGCUUUAAGAACAACCAUCAAGAAGCUGGAGCACAGCGCGAGUCUGGGUUCUCGCGUUUCAUCUUAUCUGAGUCCUUCUGUUGACAAAAGUUCAGGAUUUGGCUACAGAACCCCUUUUUCUGGUAUCCAAGAAAGUUCUGCUGCCAGUCUGUUCUCCAAGAAAUGCUCCACUUGCGAAUCAGAUUUUGCUGAUGAGAGUUUCGAUCACACCUUGGAGCAGCAGCACAAGGAGACCCUUCAAUUGGUUUGUACAAUUUGUGGUGAGAUCUUCCCAGGAAAAGAGAAGCAAGUCUUUGAAGAUCAUCUUUUCUGCCACUCUCUAUAUAGUUAGUGUCCCAACCUCUUGGGUCAGUAUUGUAGGCACAAAGAGGAACCUAUAUAAUCUGCUUUGAGUUGUAACCCAAAAUUCUGUGUAACCUGAAAUUAUUGGGAUUUACCCACAGUCUUGCUGCUCUAAAGGUGAAGUCCUGUCAGUUAUCUAAAGGAUUGCAUUAAGAAGGGCUGUUACUGUGGAUACUGUAUUUUAAAUCAAUCUCUCACCCUCUCUGUGGUAUCCAGUUUUCUGAGGCUCUCCAGUGCAAGAGAUAGAAUAGACCUGACUAUUCACAAAGGCCUGACUCAAGUACUAAGUGAUUAGUUCUCCAGAUUGUCCCGCUACCAUUCUAGGUCAGGCCUUACUGAUAUUUAUACUCAGUCCUCGGUCUUAAUUCUGGAGCUGGAGAUUGGCCAGAGGUUGAGAAGUUUUUCUUCCUCCCCAAGCCUCUUCAACUCAUUUUCUAGGUUAGUGGAAAAAAAAAAAAAAGAAAGAGAAAAGAAAAAAAGGAACAAGAAAAAUAGAAAUGCAAUUUGGAUUCCAGAGUUUUCUUAUAUUGACUUCUCAGCUCCCAACACAAUCAUCUUAUUGAACCAGUAUUUUUUUUUUUUUUUUUAUCACAGAAAGCCUCCUUUCUCUCUAAAUACCUCUGAUUGUCAUUUACUACUCUUUGGGCUUUCCUAUGCACAUAACUGUUAUUGUUCUUUCUUAAUGAUUAGUAAGACUUGUCAGAAACUUCAUGUUUACAACUUUUUGAGCAUGUUUGAGUAUGGAUCAGUAGGAAUAAUGAGAGUUAUUGUUAACCUCUUUAAUACUAAAAAUAAACUUACCCUCUAUUUCAAA